AUGGCCUCAAGUCAAGAGUUAAUCUGUCCUGAUUUGAACCUUGAAAACUGCUUUCCAAAGAAGUUUGUGGCAACCAAUGAGUGGCAAAUCAUCAAACCAGGUCAAGAAGUUCCUGAGGGGCUUCAUUACAGACUAAAUUUUGAAACAGGGAUAAAGCAGGCAAAGCUAUUGGAUCCUAAUGAAAGCGAGGAUAAUAAGGACCGAGAAAUGGCAGUUUUGGUAAGUGAUGAGUCCAAUUCUAUUCAGGAAUUCCAGGAUGAAGAUUAUGAUAAUCUUUGGGGAAAUGAUGAUCCAGUCAAUGUGGUUCUAGAAGAAGUGACUCCAGAUGAGGGAAAGGGUGAAGGUAUAAGCUUCCAACAAUCCCUUCAAAAUUUACAUCAUAUUUUUCGCUCAUCCAAGAAUAUUGAAUCUGUGAUUUCCAAUAAUUAUGAUGCUAUAGAGAAAUCACUCGAUUCUUUGAUCUAUUCUGCUCAUGAUAUCGAAUUUGGGAGGGAAUUCACUGCAGAUAAUCUGAAUAUUAUUUUAUUUUUCUCUAUCAUCAACAACCCCAACAUCGCUCAAAUUGAUAUCAAAGAGAAAUUACUACGAAUCAUUGGCUCUAGUAUAAGAAAUAAUGAAGAAUCAUUGCAAAACAUAAUGCAGUACAAUCAUGGAGGUGACCCAUUACUUAACAGUCUAAUAAGCUUCAUUGAUAUUCAAUUGACCUCAUCGACUGCCAAGGCAUAUGUUGAUCAGAUAUUGAUCAAACGUACAGUUGGGGUUUUGAAUGCUUUAAUUUAUAAUAAGGGAGCAUUGGCAGAUUUCGAAAGGCUAAAAAUCAAGGAUUUUCUAAGCAACAGGUUCAAUUUAUUAAACAGUGAUGUUAAGAAGAGAUGUAUCAACUUGUUGAAUGAUUAUGACUUGCUCAUAGGUGAACAUGAUACCAGAAGUGAUGAACUAUAA